AUGGAUUUCGAUACUAAGGCAGCUCAUAGGAAGAGUAGAGCACCAUGGCAGAUGAAUGGUGGGACCAAGAUUAAUAAUCCCUAUGCCAAUGCCAGUAAUAUGGUGAACGGGAAUCUGAUGAAUCAAUCCCAAUCUCAAAAUUCAGAAAGUUUACAAGUACCUAAUCCAUACGGUGGAUCAAAAGCUAAUAACAAUAAAAGAACCAGAAGAUUGAGUAUACAUGCAUCGGCUAGUGCCGCUGCUCAUACUAAGAAUAUGAUUGAUGCAGCUAAUCUUCCGCCAGUGCCUAAUUUACCUGAUAUUCAAAAAUAUAAAGUCGAAGCUGAAGAUCCAGAUCCUAUAAAUUCCAAAAUAAUGCAAGAAUUAUCCAAUGGUACUCCAGUAGAGAUCAAUGAUUACUUCAAGGUUUUAACUAAACAACAAGCCAUUGUAACCAGAGACUUGAAAAGUAAUAUCAAUGAGAAUCAAAAGAAUAUACUUGAAUUGAUGACAGAUUUAAAACAAACUCAAGAUGAAUUAUUACAAUUGAGAGUUACAACUCAAGAUUUAUAUGGAGUUUUAGAUGAAUUUAGGGAUUCAGCCGAAAGAAGGUUAGACUUGGAGUUAAAACAUGAUGAUAAAUCUCCUUAUAAUCAAAGUAUAAGACGUAAUAAUAGAAAAGAUAGAUCAUCAAUCAUGAUUUUAGAGAAGAUGUGGGUCACUGAAUUACAAUCAUUAUUCAAACAUGUUGAAGGAGCUUCAAAGUUUGUUCAAAGUAUACCUGGACGUCAUGUUUUAGCAGAAAGUGGUAGAUGGUUUGAAGUUAAUAUGGGGAAUUGGAAAGCUACAAAAGCUAUUCAUAUUUUCGUAUUAAAUGAUUUAAUAUUAAUCGCUACUAAAAAUAACAACUCCACAAACAAUAAAUCCAAAUUACAAGCAGUUCAUUGUUGGUCAUUACAUGAUACCCAAUUACAAAUUAUUAACAAAGAUAAUGAUAAAGAGAAAGGAUAUAUGAUCAAAAUAGAUACCAAAUCAUUGAAUUUCAUUUAUCAAACUGAUAGGUAUGAUCAUUUUGUCAAGAUUACUGAAGCUUAUAAUAAAGGUAAAAAUGAAUUAUUACAGAAGGAUAGAUUGGUAGAUGCUAGGAAAUCUAUAAAUGGAGAGGAUGGAUUUGAUUCUGAUGAUGAGAAACGUCAAUUAAGAAGAUCUUUCAGAAAUUCCGGGGUAAUUGAAGAUGACAUUAACUUCAAAAGAAGAAGUGGUUCUAAUAGACAUAGUCAAGAUAUUUUAUUGCAAGAUAUUUCUGCCCGAGUUCACUCCAGAAAUAGAUCUAAUGAUUUCUCCGCUAGUGGGAAAUUCUCAACUUUCGAUAAAAACGAUAAAGGACAAUUUUUCAAUGAAUUAAAAAGAAUCGAAGAUAGAUUAGAUGAAGUAGAUAUUCAAAUAGCUCAUAAUAAUUUCAAUGAAACUGUUGGAUUGAUCAAUUAUAUUGAAAAUAAAAUCAGUAAUAUUGAAACUAUUUUAAGUAAAACCAGUCAUACUGAUGAUGAAGAAACCUUAGCUUCAUUGGAUGAAAUCAAAUUAUUAAUCGAUGUGGUUAAAUUGAAAAUUUCAAACAGAAUUGUACAAGUUCAACAAUCAUUAACAUUCAAUUUAAAACAUAACAUAUCAAAGAUUAAAACCCAAGAAUUAGGAGAUAUCUUAGAAUACUUUUAUAAUUUUGGUGUUUUAGAUAAAGGUAUUACCGCAUUUUUACAAGCAGUUUCCAGUGAUUUAUCAUCCAUUGUUUCUAAAUUGAUCAUAACGGUUCAAGGAUCAACUAAAACAGAUGUAGGAAAUUAUUUAUCCAACCUUGUCAUCAUCAAUGUAUCGAUAAUGAAGAGGACAGUAUUGAUUUAUAAAGAAUGUAUUUUCCCUCUUUUGGAAAGAGAUAAUAAAGGUAAUGUUGAUUCCAGUGGAUUGAUUAAUUGGUGUAUUGAAGAAGGUAAUAAAUUAGUGGUUUCCAUCAAAAAACAAUUGUUCGGUACCUUAGCCAAUUAUGAAGAUCCUGAUGAUGAGACUAACACCCGAUUAAUUAUCAAAGAUGAAUAUUUGUUCCAAUCAUUUAUCAAUGUUUUGAAACCUCAAUUGAAUGAAUUAAAGACCGUGGGAGUAAAUAUCGAUUACCUUUUUGAUGAUCUUUUAAAUGCUUCAAAAUAA